AUGGAGACCUCGUCCUUCGCGCCCUCCAAGCCUUGGGCUACUUCGCGCUACACAAAGGCUCUUCCGGAUCCACCACCACCGUCUGCCAACAAUACCAAGGCUACUGUUGUGUUGCCCAUUAGGAAGGACUCCCUGGCCUCAUCUCGUCCACCACUGCCUCCCAAGGACACCGCCGCGAAUACAUCGUCAACCAUGGCGACCAAGCUGUUAGAGUCGCCACUACCUCCACUUCCAGGCUUGACAAGGAUGAAUAGCCCACCUGCUGUUAUAAGGAGGAAGCCUGUGGGUAACGGGACUGGCGGGAAGAAUGUUCAGAGCCCACCGCAUCCACAACCAGCCCAAGGUGGCAAUGUGUCUCCCGUCGAGUCCCUGUCAAGUAUAUUCUCAGCCUACGGAACAGAGGACUCUUCGGCCACUCGGCAUUCAGAGGACACAACAGCUACGGGAUAUUCUUUCACGGAACCAUCACCUCCAAACCCCAAGGUUCUGCCCAAGGAUACUCUUGGAGGAGGAAGCACGAAACUGGACCUAGUGUCGCCCUUAUACUUGCCAACUCCAGUUUCUUCGGAGAUGAAAACAAAUGCCCCACAUCCUCAGCACGGUGCCGGUCUAGAAAAGCACACAGACAGUCGCCCUCCUACACCACCUACAAAGGAAAUUCAAAGGCCCAUGACUCCCAAAAGCUCCAAGGCCCUUCCCUCUGCGCCAUCUGAGCAGAAACCCACCACCUCCUCGUCCAUGGCUGACCAAUCACCCUCACAGCCACAACUUUGGCGCAGGAGAUCUCUGAAAUCAGACAAGCCCUUGACUGUCCCCCAGCUCAAACUCACCUCUUCACACGGCUCGACAGCAGCUUCAACACAAGAAGCUGGGAUUUUGCAACAGGACAUUUCUUCUCUUCCAAGGCCUCGGCCUCCUUUUGCUGGAUCCGCUUUGGACUCACCCAUCCUGAAGGGCUUUCAAUCUUUCCCGGGCCGCAACAUCCGGCCAUCACCUUCCAACAAGUCUUUGCCCAGAAACCCUCGACCAGAGAUUAUGGUUAACACAAAGCCUAAAGAAGACCUAGAUGGCUUCUCUCAGUACGCCCAGGAAGUCGAGGAGGGCUACAAAGCAUCUGAGGCCGGCCCAGCCUUGUCGCCACACAUCCAACGCCCACCAACACCAGAAUACGAUCAUGAUGAGUCCCCUGUGGAUGCGCAUGUCCCAACUAUGAGAUCCCCGACGUCGCCCGCGUCACCUGUUACGCCUCCAACUGAGGGUAGGCCCCUCAGCAUUAUCCCAGAGGAUAUCAUUCGCAGCAAUGCUGCCCCUGCCCCGGCUGCUCCUCCACCGUUGGGCCCACUGCCCUCGCUCCCGCCAAGAAGUUCAUCCCGCGGCCCACCACCUCCCGGAAGUGCUUCCGGCCGUCUGGGUCUGCCGCGGUCUCCCGCACCUCCAGGUCGGUCCUCACCAGGCGCUGCCUCACCGGCUUCCAUCUCUCCAGCCGCUGCCUCUCCAGCAGCUACCUCUCCAGCAGCGCCUGCCCCAGUCGCGCAAAUGGCAGCCUCUCUAUCCCCGAGUCACGUCAAGUCAACUAGCUCCGCCUCCGUCCCUUCCAUCUCCAUCAGCGAUGACGGCGACGCCUCAACCAUCAAGGCAGUCAACUCUCCCAAGCCGGCGCAGACCCAACCUGAAAUCAAGCAGCUCGCUCCCCCCAACGCCGAGGAAUCCGGCCCCAUCGUGCCAGCCUCGCCCGGUGAGGCCAAUUACUUCCCUGCUGCCGAGUACUCGAGGCUUUUCUUCCCGGGAGAUGUUAUUCCUGCACCACCCGUCAAGGCGAGCCAGCUCGAUUGCUUCACCAGCCAUUCCCGCUUCGUCUCCAGCAAGAACGAGCAGCACCCGAUCGCCUGCAUGACUUGCAAGGUCGAGGACAACAGCGCGCGGUUCUGCUGCUCUCACUGCACGGUGCGAAUCUGUGGUGGAUGCCGUGACGCGUUGGUCGCGAACGGGCGGGACCUGAGCAAAAUUCUCGCUUGA